AUGGCCGGAUCGAAGAGGAAGCGAGAUUCUACCACAGAUGAACCAGCGAAGAAGAAGAAGUGGACAGGACGCAUUCUAAACACCGCCAAAUUGCUGGCUGCUAAUGCACCAUCUCCUCCCCCAUCACCUCCACCAGGCGCACCCAAGCCCAAGCCGACACUCCUCACCUUGCCCCCUGAGAUCCGGAACCGCAUUUGGGAGUUUGCUCUGUCUGAAGGGAUAUUGCAUGCCGGCUGUGGCCCAGAAUGGCCCGCGCCCGUUGGCAUGCUCAUAUGCAAUGCCCAGCGCGGCGAGGAUGAUGCAAUGCAAACCGUCAAGUACGGCGAAACCACUGCAGAUGUUGAGAGCUAUGACCAAAGGCACUCUCGGUGCACUGACGGCGGACGAUGGGUGACGUUGAAUACUCCUCCGGACAUCCGACGUCGAUACUCAGUGGCCCUUCUGGAGACCUGCCGACAGGUACAUAGCGAAGCGGCUCUACUGCCAUUCGAGCUCAAUACGUUUGUUUUCACCUACCCUCUCAAGAGGGAGCAGCGGUCCUAG